CGAAACUUCAUGUGGAGGCCAUAUCUCCUUCGCACAACUCAAUUAGUACCCAGAAUCUCAGUCGCAAGUCAGAGGUCUGCUCGAUUGACCAUGACGCCUCCCACUGCUACUCCUGCGACUGGAAAGCCUAUGGGUGCCAACCCCAGAAAACGCCCCCAUAACAAUGGACGCCCAUUCAAGAAGCGCAAGAUUCAGCAGCAGAAGAAGGUCAGCGAGGGCGCUCAUGAAGAGGUCCUCUUGGCAGAUAUCCGUCAAUUAUUAGCAGCCCAAAAAUUGGACGAUAGCCCUGCCGCUGCCGCUACUCCUACUCCUACUCCCGCCGCCGAGGACCAACCCGCAACAGACGCUCCCGCAGAAUCGUCCGCACCUGCUCCUCCGCAAAAGACUCUUCCUCAGCCUUUCACGGAGAUUGAUCUUACCGUCAAAGAAAUCUCCUCGACUGGCGAUGGAUUGGCGUUCGCCGCCGACUCUGACCAUGUCUACGUCGUGCCUUUUACCGCGCCUGGCGACACCGUCACAGCUAAAGUCAUCAAGCACUUCCCGCGCGAGUCUUACACUCUCACAGACUUUGUCCGCGUCAUUACACCCUCACCGCAGCGCGACGACUCCCGCAUUGGCUGCAAAUACUUUGCCACAUGCUCUGGCUGUCAAUUCCAGAUGCUCUCGUACGAGGACCAACUCGCGCACAAGAAGACCAUUGUCGAGAAAGCAUACCGCAACUUCUCCGGUCUACGGCCUGACCUUAUUCCCACCAUUGGCGAAACCAUGGGCUCUCCGCUACAAUACGGAUACCGCACGAAACUCACUCCCCACUUUGACGGACCGCCCGAGAAUCGCUCCAAGGAAGCCAGGCGCAACCCCGAGAAGCGAAAGGGCUUCGAUUCGAUCCCGCCGAUCGGCUUCAUGAGAAAGGGAACCAGAUUCACAAUCGACAUUGAGGACUGUCCCAUCGGCACCGACGCUGUCAGAAUGGGUAUGAAGUCCGAGCGUGUCAGAGUCUCUCACGAACUCGACAAAUACAAGCGCGGCGCAACACUCUUGCUGCGAGAAAGCACCGAGCGGGUGCCCAAGCCGUCAAACGAGGCCUCAACUACAGACGACCUGCCUUCCACCACUGAAGCUCUCCCUGAUGCAGCAGGCACUACCAAAGAAGCCAUCAUCAAGCAGUUCCCUUCUUUUACUGAACGCAAGACUUGCAUUACCGAUAACAAUGCCACCUCGACAGAAUACGUAGGUGAUUUCCUCUUCAACAACCCCGCCGGCGCCUUCUUCCAAAACAACAACUCCAUCCUUCCCUCGUUCACACAAUAUAUCCGCGACCAAAUCACUUCUCCUUCUUCGUCUUCCGUUCCUAAACCGAAAUACUUCAUCGACGCAUACUGUGGCUCUGGUCUCUUCACCAUCGUUCUUUCCUCCCUCUUCGAAUCCUCGCUGGGUAUCGACAUUUCCACUUCCUCCAUCGAAUGCGCCCGCGAAAAUGCCAAAGCAAACAAUAUCCCUAACGCAACCUUCAUGGCAUCCGACGCUCCCGCUCUUUUCGCCAAAGUCACAUUCCCGCCCGACGAGACUGUCGUGGUAAUCGACCCUCCGCGCAAGGGAUGCGAUGAGUCUUUCCUCAAGCAACUCGUCCAGCUGGGCCCCGCCCGCGUCGUCUACGUUAGCUGCAACGUACAUACCCAGGCCCGUGACGUAGGGUAUCUUGUCGGAGGAGUAAAUCCCUGGGCUGAAGCGAGAGGCGAAACGCAGACAGAGACGGAAACAGAAAAGGAAACGCAAGAAGGAAUGUAUGAAAUGGAAAGUCUUCGCGGUUUCGACUUUUUCCCGCAGACUGGCCAUGUCGAGGGUGUCGCUGUGCUGAGAAGAAGAAAGUAAUCUAUUGAUUCCGUUUUCUUUUUUCUUUCAACAUUUUCUUUUUGCAUCAUUAAAUUUGUGCAUGAGAGGGCGGGUCUUUGAUGAUCUGGAACGCCUGUUGUUUCGUGCAUAUAUGAUCAGCAUGCUGUCGACAAUAUAGACCCGCUUGUGUUCAAAAGUAAGAAAGGGUAGGAAAGAAAUGCUCUAGGCGUUUGUGGGACAUAAAGUUAGGGAUUCGACAUUUAGUUGUAUUGUAUUGGCAAGCUUGUAUAUUAAGUAUAAAGCGUACAAUCCAUAUAAGAUUGACUUCUCGGAUAUUUUUUUUUUUUUUUUUUUU